GUGGGUCCGGGUUGGGCCCGAGGUCGCGGGGGGAGGCGGACACGACUUCGCGGGAAACUCUGUACACGGCCACUUCACUCUCACCGAGAAGUUGGAGGCUGCUGUUUUGCUCCCUGGACCGAGUGGGAAGCCAAGGGGCCUUGUGGUCCCUCCACCCCGACCCUCGGCCCUGGUCCCCGGACGACGCAGCCAGGUGGCUGUCCCCACCCUAUUCCCCGGCCCUUCUGUUGGGUUUGAGUAUACGGCACUCUUGCCACUGACCAUACGUUUAGAAUCAGCCCUUCCUCCUCUCCCACCCCUCCGGCCCCAAGCCCGCCGGCAAUCUCUGAAACCAGCCCUUGUCCCCUUGGGCCUCCGCCAUUGGCUUCUCCCCGCCCCACAACACACAACCCAGCCUCUUGGGCCCUGGCCCUAUGACACUUCUGGCAGUCUUUGCUCCCUCUUCCCUGACCAGCUCCUGCUACCCUCUGGCUUCCUUGGUCCUCCUCUAUCUUUGACCCGUUAUCUAGCUUCCCUGUACAAUUACCCUGCUCGUCAACACUUUGCCCUUGGUCUUUCACAACUCCUCUCUCCCCUUCCUCCCCGCAGCCCUUGACUUGGCCCCAAAGACCUGUAACUUUGGCCCUCCAUACCGCACUAUGGCUUAGCUCCUUCCCUUUAACCUAGCCCCUUCACCGUCAUCAUCUGUGAUCACUAGCCCCAUCUUCUUGGCUCUUACUUCUUAGACCUGGCCCCUUCUCCACUUCUCAGCCCCUUCCACCUAUGCUUCUCCCUGUGCAGCUGAGCCCCCGGGAAGACAAAGCCCAAUAGACCUCUUUUCCCCCAAAAUCUCUGCAGUGUGAUGUGACAGUGCCUCUGUACUUCAGCUUCAUUCUCGUCUCAGUAGGGCCUGGAUAUAAUGUCUUCAACAGUUGUAACAGCAGCUGCUAUUUGCUGAUUGACAGCAUGUGUCACACACUCUGCUGAGUAUUACAGGCAUUUUUUUCUAAUACAAAGUCUUGUAGUGUGGGUAGGUAUCACAAUUUUAGUGAUGAGGGAGUUUAAGCUCAGAGUGGUUGAAUAAUUUGCAGAGAGUAGUAGAGUUAGUAUGUGUCACAGUUGUAAUCCAGCCCUAAAUGUAGUCAGUACCUCUUUCUUCAUUCUGUGUUUUUUUCCAGAAAUACUUGCAGACUUGAAGGAAUUAUCAGUCUUUCAUUUUCUAUCAUCAGUGUCCUGUGAUAGUUUGUGCUUCCCUCCCUCAUCCCUUUGUUCAUGUCACUCUGUUCACCAGCCCACUCUGCUGAAAUGUCGUUAUUUCUUCAAGGCCUGGAGGAAAUGCUAUCACUCUCAUCAGAGGGUUCAGAGAUGGGCAGUGAGAAGGAGCAGAGUCCAGAACCACACCUGCCUGAGGAAGGGGAAGGGGGUAAGCCUUGGAGAGUGGAUGACUCAGAGGGUUCUUGGAUCCCACCUGGGGAGAAGGAGCAUGGGCAAGAGAGCCUGUCGGAUGAACUGCAAGAAACUCAUCCAAAAAAACCAUGGCAGAAAGUCACUGUCCCGGCUCGAGAGCCAGGGGAUCCCAUUGCUCAUCCAAGGCAUGAGGCAGAUGAGAAACCCUUUAUAUGUGCCCAGUGUGGCAAAACCUUCAAUAAUACCUCCAACCUGAGAACACACCAGCGGAUCCACACUGGUGAGAAGCCUUACAAGUGUUCUGAAUGUGGCAAGAGCUUCUCGAGAAGCUCCAACCGCAUCCGGCACGAGCGGAUCCACCUGGAAGAGAAACACUACAAAUGCCCCAAGUGUCAGGAGAGCUUUCGGCGGCGCUCAGACCUCACCACACACCAGCAAGAUCACCUAGGCAAGCGGCCAUACCGCUGUGACAUCUGUGGCAAGAGCUUCAGCCAGAGCGCCACACUAGCUGUGCAUCACCGGACCCACCUGGAGCCAGCGCCCUACAUCUGCUGUGAGUGUGGGAAGAGCUUCAGCAACAGCUCCAGCUUUGGCGUGCAUCACCGCACCCACACAGGUGAGAGACCUUACGAGUGCACUGAGUGCGGGCGGACCUUUAGCGAUAUCUCCAACUUUGGAGCUCACCAGAGGACCCACAGAGGGGAGAAGCCCUACCGGUGUACUGUGUGCGGGAAACACUUCUCCCGGAGCUCGAAUCUCAUCCGCCACCAGAAAACUCACUUGGGCGAGCAGGCUGGGAAAGAUUCCAGCUGAAGGAGAGCCCCAUUUAGAGUGAAGGAGAGAGAGCGAGAGACCCCAACCUAUUGGAGGAAGAUCUUGAGCAUCUGCUGCUGCUACCUUGACCUCAAGCCCUUCAUCCCACUUUGGAGAAUGGUUUUGUAUUGCCUCUGAAGUCAGGAUCUCAGGAAGUCCUGAUAAGGGACUCUGGAGUAAAAACCCUUGCCUCUUUCCGGGCCAAUUUCUCGUGCUGAAAAGUCAGAGGACCCAGUCUUGGCUUCACUUUCUUGGGGUGAAAGAGAAAUAGGGUAGGCUCAGAACAUGCUCGUGUCAUUAAGGCAGCAGUCCCCUGGCCUUUGAGGAAGUACCUAUGAGAUGGGUGUCACUAUCUGAAGGUUCUCCAAAUUGUCUGUGAACUUGCUUAGGUAGGAGUGCACUGCAGUGUCCUGCUAGUUCCCACCUAUUGUGCCCCAACUUUGCUUCUAGAUCUCUGGGCUGGGAGGAGUGACCUUCUCAAUGGAAGGGGCCUCCUUGGUCUGGAGAAGAGAUCUGAGGUCCUGCCUUAGAAAUGAAAGGGAAACCCUCAGGGAGCCAUGACCCAGGGACCUUCACACUCCCCAAUGUUUGUUACUUGUUAUCCCUCCCCCAACCUCCCCAACCUGCCUCUGUUUUCCCCAGAGUGAUUAGCAGUAAAACCCUUCAAUGAAAA